UUUUUUUUUUUCUUGUGUAAUAUUUUGGGAGAAAAUGACCCUUGCCCUCUUGACUUCCGUCAUGUGUUUCCGGUUGUUUUGAUUUUCCCGCCGUACGGGCUUUCUGUCAUCCGUUCCGGGCUGUUAUAUUUCUGUUCCUAAUGUGGUUUAAUUAAUACGUUUAAUCAAUAUGAGUUCUUCAAACAGCUACAUUAGCUCUUUGGAGCCUAAUGACCGAACCAGGUAUUUUGAGAAAUUAAUGGUAAGUGUCGAAGACGCCGGCGAUAGUUCAAACCCGGAAGUGACUGGUUCGGCGGUGACUGGUGACGGUGUACGCCUACCUGACCCAUACAGUCUGACAGGUUGGAAGGAUGAUUUGAGCCUCUGGCCAGAUACGGACUAUGGGUGCAUCUACACCUACCUAAUCGAGGCUCCAGGUCCGUUUAACGGAGAAGCCAUGAAAGCCUAUAAAUCCCUGGAGGCGUACAAUCUCUUUAUAAGUGGCCAUGUGAGGGAGUGCAGGUACCACCCUAUUGGAAAAAAUGUGAAGGUCUGCUUCCUUAAGGCCAAGGUUGUGCCAGGACAGAGAGUAACAGAGACUCCUCACAACCCAUGGGUGUGUUUGACCAAAAAAGAGGGUUAUGUCAUGGCAGCUCACUGCACUUGUAUGGCAGGAUUGGGAGAGGUCUGCAGCCAUGUGGCUGCACUGCUGUUCGCAGUGGAGGCCUCCAGGUCUCUUCAGGAAAAACGGACGUCAUGCACCAGCAGAAAGGCCGUGUGGAACAAAUAUUACAAAGAUAAGGUUGAUCCACAAAGGGCUGAGGACAUGGACUUUUCGCACCCUAAACAUGGAGUCCAGAUCAAGAAGGCGCGCCGGAAGCCGCAGUGUGAUGUGCCACCACUCAGUGAAGAAGAGGCCGCUUCUGCUUUCUCACAACUGAGGAAGCUGUGUCCCACUGCCAGUGCUGUCAUUAAAGAGGAGGAGGACACAGACACAGCAUCAGAAGAUGAGUCAGAUGUCAACACAGAGACGCUUCCCCCUGUGGUAUACAGGUCUUGUCAUCCAGCCAAAGUCCCUGUUACUAGUGUUAGUGUAGACAGCAUCCUUGAGGAUGUUCGGUGCAACCCCGAGCAAAUCACAAACCUCAACAAAGCUACAGUGGGGCAGUCCAAGUCUGCUUUAUGGCGUCAGCAACGCAAGGGUCGUGUGACUUCUACAUCCAUGCAUGAUGUCCUUCAUGCAUCAAACCCCACCACUGCAGUACGGAAGGUCAUGCAAUAUGACUGCAAGGAUUUGAGCCAAGUUCCAGCUAUACAAUGGGGGAUGAAACAGGAGGAGAAGGCAAGGCAACAGUACCUGGAAGCUACCUUGUGCAUCUGCAAGGAUGUGAAAUUGGAGGAAGUGGGGCUCAUUCUCUACAAGGAUUUUCCCUUCAUAGGUGCAUCUCCUGAUGGGAUGAGACAGUGUUCAUGCCAUGGAAGAACUGUGAUUGAGAUCAAGUGCCCAUACAAGUACAGGGACAUCUAUCCUGCUGCAGAUCUGUGUCUAUCAGAUGCCAACUACUGUUUAGAUAAGGAUUGUAAGCUAAAGACAGGGCACAGAUAUUACACCCAAGUCCAGACACAUAUGCUGGUUACCGGUGUCUCAACAUGUGAUUUUGUAGUGUGGACUAAUGCAGGCAUGGUUGUAGUAAAUGUUCCAAGGGACCAGUCACUGUUAAAUGUAAUGUUGUCUACAUGUGUCCAGUUUGUAAAGUCCAGUCUUAUCCCUGAGAUACUGACCCACAAGUUACAGUGUGGAGACUCUGGAGUAGAUGUGACUUUCCAGGAAGAUGAUGACCCAAACAAACGUUACUGUUCUUGUCAGAAACCAGCAUAUGGUAGGAUGGUAAAGUGUGAUAACAAUGAAUGUGAGUCAGAAUGGUUCCAUUACAAAUGUGUUGGCAUCAAGAGAAAACCAAGGGGCCAUUGGUUCUGUCCCUGUUGUCAAUGCUAAAUCCUACUGGACAGUUUGAAAUACUAAAAAUACUAGUAUAACAAUAGAAGGCAUUUUACAGUUUUAUGUCAUGUUUUAAAAAACUAAUGUAAAACAAGUAAGAAUUGUACUUUGUGGUAUACUUAUUAUAUUGUAGUGGGCUUCCCAAAAAUUUGUUUUGUGUCCCUUUAACAUUUUACCUUCAAUCUCAGUAUUUUGAUAUACAGAAAAGGCCAGCUCGUGCAGACAACAUUGCCAUUAAAAAUUACUUGAUUAGCUUUGGAAGUAAGUUUGUAAGAGCCGCACAGAUAACAACACUGUCACUGAGUAGAGGGGCAAAUGUUAAUGGACAGAUUUGGCUGAGAAUUUGGAAGUUCUUGAUUCUUUCAAUUGCACGUUCUACAUGAAUUCUUAGAGCUGAUAUCUGUCUGGCAUCUUGGACGAUACGCCCCGGGAGUUGUGUCCUUCCUGUGGUAAAUGGUGGCAUAACUAGUGUUGCUCCUUUCAGGGCAAGUUCCUCAGAAAUGGUGAAUCCCCGAUCUGCCAUAAUCAUAUCACCAUAUUCCACUUUGUUAUAGAAACGACUUUUUAGCGUAAUGUCUUUAUCAGAAAUUCUUCCACCCCAGGAACUGGACAGAAAUGACACUGCUCCAUAAGGUGUAAUACCUACCAGAAAUUUGAACGUAUGAUGGUGUUUAUAGUUACUCCAGGUCUUUGCUCGGGUCUUUAAAUUGUAUGGCCUCUCAGUGAAAAUCUCUGAGCAAUCAAUGAUGACUCUACAGUUUGAGUAUUUUUUUUUCCGAAAUUUUUUGGGAAGAUUGCGCUUUACGGUUUCCUUGGACGGCCAAUGAAUCAGGAACUUUAGUCGGACAGCUAAGAUUGGAAUACAACGGUUUAUGACUUUUGAAACUGUGGAGGCAGAAACACUAAAUCUCAAAGCUAGAUCAGCAUUUUUGAGGCCUAGUCUCAACUUCAUGAGAGUCAUGAGUAUUUGAUCCUGCUGACACAUGGACUUUAGAGG